AUGGACAGUUUCUCAUACAUAGGCUCCAAAAAGAGGAAACGCUUUGUUGAAGCAACUUCCCUUGAAGUCUCCGACAAUUUCACUUUUCUUCUGGUGGCUAGGCAUAAACACUUCAGGGUUGUGGAAAAGAAGUACGGUGAUGAUUUAGUUCCCAAAUCUCAGCUGGACUAAAACAUAUAAAAGCCUGGGGUUUAAAAUCUGAACUGCAAGUGCCAUAGAAGCAGUUAUAUAAAGCUAUUUCACAUUGAAGCAAUGUAUUAAAAACCUCCCCACGUUACCACCAACAUCCACGAGGACUUGUUUCAUGGAGAAAGUAAGAAGAAUUUUAUACAUGGUGAAAUAUACUCGGAGUCCUGUAGUGAUUUCAUGCUCUUUAUUGCAGCUUGUAAAACAGUGAUUUUUUGCCCCCCCAAACCUCAGGCUUUUAUAUACAUUAUUUACACAAUGAGUCCCGUCUGAUUGGCUGAUUCUGCUUCCCUCCUGGAGCCUGAUUGGUCUUUUCCUGCAGGCCAAUCAGUUCUUGCAUUCUACGAUCCUACUAGCCUAAUAGGCUGAUUAACUUCCUCCUAGAGCUUGAUUGGUCUUCUCCUGCAAGCCAAUCAGUUGUUGCAUUCUAGGAUCCUACUUGCCUACUGUUCUAGGAUCCAAGCUUAGUACAUAACACAUGGUAAGCUGCUUGUGAGUUCCAAAAGCAGACCAGGCCAGGUAGAAGAAGAAGAAGAGUUUGGAUUUGAUAUCCCGUCUUUCACUCCCCUUCAGGAGUCUCAAAGCGGCUAACAUUCUCCUUUCCCUUCCUCCCCCACAACAAACACUGUGAGGUGAGUGGGGCUGAGAGACUUCAAAGAAGUGUGACUGGCCCAAGGUCACCCAGCAGCUGCAUAUGGAGGAGCAGAGACGCAAACCCGGUUCCCCAGAUUACGAGACUACCGCUCUUAACCACUACACCACACUGGCUCUAUAGCCCUGACUCCUUCAAUACUCACACACUAAUAUAUGCAUACUAAGAGUAAAUAAUGCUACAGGAAUCGUAUGGACUGUGAAAAGGCUGACUAGGGGAAAAAACACACCCUUUAGCAACUAAAUCACAGAAUCCUAGAAUUGUGGAGUUGGAAGGGACCACAAAGGUCGUCUAGUCCAAGCCCCUGCAAUGCAGAAAUCUCAAUGAAAGCAUCCAUGAAAUAUGGCCAUCCAAACUCUGCUUCAAAACCUCUAAGGAUGGAGAGUCUGCAACCUCCUGAGGGAGAUGGUUCCACUGUCUAAUAGCUCUUACUGUCAGAAAGUUCUUCCUGACAGUAACUUGAGCCUUACCCUCCAGAGCAGGAGAAAACAAGUUUGCUCCAUCUUCCAUGUGACAGCCCUUUAGAUAUUUGAAGAUGGCUAUCAUAUCUCCUCUCAGUCUCAGCUUAUCAAAGCUAUUCUGUGAAGACAAUACAGCAGUACCUUGGAAGUUGAAUGGAACCCAUUCCAGAUCCCAUGUCCGUUUGAAGCCGUGUUGGACGUUUGGGUUCCAAAGAACGUUCGCAAACCAGAGCACUCACUUCUGGGUUUGCGGCGUUCAGGAGCCAAAACGUUUGACUCGAAAGGCGUUCGGGAUCCAUGGUACGACUGUACUGACUUAGAUAGACCAAAGACAGCUUCUUGUGUUCCUGGACUUCAAAACCUUCUGAGGUAGCCUGUUCAACUGUUGAACCGCUUGUGCCCUAAAGUUUAGUGAAAAAUCCUCUUCCUUGUAAUUUGAGCAGUGUUGGUUCAGGCCAUACCCUUUGGUGAAACAGAAAACAAGGCCCUAUCUGUUCCACACAUUCAGAGAACUACUCUACCACCUUCAACGAAAGAAUCCAAGGAACUGUGGUUUGUUAAGGGUGCUAACUGCUCAGAGUUGUAUGAGAUCCCUGUUCCUCUGAGAGUUACAAUUCACAAAGGGGUUUAAAAAUAAUCCCCUCUUCUCAGAGAACUCUGGAAAUUGUAGCUCUGUGAGGGGAGUUGGGGGGGGGUCUCCUAAUGACUCUCAGCAACCUUAACCAACUGCAGCUCCCAGAAUGCUUUUGAGGAUGCCACAGUUGUUUAAACUGGUAUGAUAUUGCUUAAAAUGUAUAGUGCAAGUGGGGCUAAAGAGAUAGCUAAGAGAGGGAGUCUGGGGUUAUAAAUUUCAGUGGCAAGUCAGAGGAAGCAGAAAUAAGUUAUAAGGAAUAUCUAUCUAUCAUCUAUCUAUCUAUCUAUCUAUCUAUCUAUCUAUCAUCUAUCAUCUCUCUCUCUCUCUCUUUCUAUCAUCUAUCUAUCAGAAUGAGAGAGAUCCUGUGACGAGGAACUCCUGGUAAGAACAUGGAGUAAGGAACUAUUCUGGGUCCUUGAGUGUUUUAUAUGAAACAGGAAUCCUUGUAUCUUUCUAAGCUCCUCUUCCUCUUUUCUCCUUUUUUAAAAAUGUCAUUUGUCUACUAUUGAUUAUCAUGGUUUCUGCUGAGCUAUGGAACUCAUUGCUGCCAGAUCCGGUCAACGAAGGAUCGUUGUCUUUCAUUCUUUACUAAAGCUUGCUGUAAAGGUGUUUCCUGUUUAAAAGCAAAAAGCUAAAGCUGUGUGCUGUGAGCAUGGAGCAUGAAUAAGCUUUGCUGCCCUUCCACACUUGAGAGUCCGAGAGCUAUUAGGCAUUAGCGCUGGUGUGCCAACAUUUCUCCUCUGGGGGACAGGGCUGCAUUCGCAGUGCCGGCUGGUUGCAAAAUGAGUAUCAUUUAUUUAUGAUACGGCUGUCAGCUUGAUUUCUUAAGAGAAAAUAUAGAUGUAUUGAGACCUCUGUGCACUGAGACAUGCGCCAUCUGGGCUGCAGGUUUGCUUUUCAGAAUCAAAGAGGUGGUAGGUGCUGGGUUUGCUUACUGCAAACACUUACUGCAAACACCUCCCACCUCAACAGGAAAUGCAGGAGAUCCAUGGUGGAAUUUCUAUUUCCAUUUCUACUUAUGAGUAAAUUGGAUCACAGCAGCAAUGUACAGCAAGGCGCGCCCCCCCCCCACUUUUAAGUGAAGACAGAAAGGCACCUCUAGACCAGUGUUUUUUUGUGGUAUUCUGUGACAUGUCAUUGACACAACAGUAACGCAUUAGUAAUGGAUUUAUACCGGACCGUCCGCACAUCGUUCCCCUGUUAGGUGAUGCUUCUGCAAUGUCAUGGCAUUAAUGCCAUCUGGAGGGGCGCUCUUGCAGUACACCCAACUUCCCCAGAAUAUUUACAGUAUGAAAGGUUACAGGAUUUCACUAGGAACUUGCGGGACAUGCACAAAUUUGAAACCAAGCAGUUUGUUCGUCCUGAAACUCUUACUGGCACAAACAGCACUGAAAGUAUAACUGCGCUGGUAACAUUGUGGACACAAAUGAUCACGAACAGGGGUCAGCAAACGCUUUCAGUAGGGGGCCUAUUUUUCAGGCUACAGAAAGUGUUUAAAAGAACGCACCAUUUCUAAGGCACGUACUCUCCCUUGCCAAAACCCAAGCCUAUUUAUUGCCCAACGCUGCAAAGAGAUUUAUUUCUCUUUCCAAGGUGAAAGGCGAGGAGACGUGGCUUGUAAAGGACAUACAGUAGUUAAAUCAAACAAUACCCCAACGAAGUGACAGCUACAAGAGUUAUUUAGGAAAAAGUUGUUCUGUAGCUCUGGGUACCCUGGCAGGAACGUUAUUUAUUGGCCAAACCACGGACCAAUGUUUGCAUAAUGGCCUUUUGUAUGCUUAUCUGCAUGGUCUUGUUUAAUAUCUGGACUUAGAGGUUGAUCAAAGGCAAAGGCCUGUUAAAAUAAGACUGCACUAAUUAAUAGCUGAAAAAUAAAGGGGAACAAUUAUACCAAAAAAUGUAAGAAGAGCCCUGGCGGAUCGGGCCAAAGGCUCAUUUUCACAGUGGCCCACCACAUGCCUAUGGGAACCCUGCAAGCAGGACACGACGGCAAUAAUUUUCCGUUCAUGAUCCUCAGCUGUUGGUAGUCAGAGGCACAUUGUCUCUGACAGCGGAGGCAGGCAUAGCUCUUGCAGCUAGUAGCCAUUAAUAGCCUUUGUGACAUGCUCCCUCAGUGAAGAUAGGAGAAGGGCAACAUGACCGUGUCUGAGGAGAUUUAACCUUGCUCACAGAGAAUUCUGGAAUUCACCUUAUGUGGUAGCGUAUAUAAUCUUGAUAUUUGGGUUCCCAUGACAACUUAUUCCCCGAGAGAGGUAUAAAUCAAAGUUGAGACACAAUGGAAAUGGAAACUGUAUUUUAUUACCAAUUCUACUCAUGUAAAAACAGCUUGGCAGCUUCACUCUCAAAGGCACAGCCCUUCUAUUCUGCCCGAAACACUGUUCCAGGUUUAAACAAGAACUUUACCUGGAAUUAUCCACCACAGAACUGUUUCUGUUACAGCUAUCUCCCCCAGGGAUGGCUAUCUGCUUUACUCUUCCCGUAAAAGCACCUCUAGACCCUUUCUGAGGAAAUUAAACAGGUUUAUCCUGCCUGACAAACCCCUAAGAAUGCCUAGCUAUUUCCGUAGCCAGACCUUAUAUCGCCAUUAAACUGUCAAAAUUCUCUUCUUAUUGGUCAUUUCUCCUCCCUGCCAUGACUGAGACUGAUACCCGGCCUUCAGAACUGUGGUGGUUACUGAAUUUGUGGUUGUAUUUUAAUCUGUAUUUACUGUUAGUGUGUGUGUGUGUAAACAACAACAACAAUUGGUUCAAAAUUUAGAUUAUUGGAUUGUUUUCUAAGGUUGUAAACCACCUUGGGUUGUCAUGGAAGGUGGCAUAUAAAGGCUCAAAAAUUAAAAAAAAUGCAUCAGUUUUAAUAUAUUUUUAAUGACUUGAUAUGGAGUGUCUCCUACAAGGUCUCUCAAGCCCUGCUCCAGUAGCACUUUGGGGACUGACUGGAUUUCUGCUACCUGCACUCACUGUGCCUAACUAUGAGGGCCACACUCAACCUCCACAUGCUCAAUGGGUCACAACGCCAAAGGUAAAAAAAACAGGACCUGCAUGCCAGAGAGCACCAUAUGAGUCAGAGCAGACAAGAAAUAUCCAUACAAAAGUGGUACCUACCCACUGGCUUGAAACAAAUAUUUCAAGACCAGGAUUGCACUACAGCUGUCUGCCUGAAGAUUUCUGACAAAAACAAACAAUUUUCAUUGGCAUGCUGUGUGCAUUUCAUGCACACAGGAAAAAUAAAUCCCAGAAUUUCUUUUAAAAUCCGUAAUUUGGCAACCUAUCUAAAUUAUGUGAAUGACUAUGGUUUGCUCCACUCACCAACUUCCCUUCCAUUACCCUAGAGCAGGGGUCAGCAACCUUUUUCAGCCGUGGGCCGGUCCACCGUCCCUCAGACCAUGUGGUGGGCUGGACUAUAUUUUUUGGGGGGAAAUGAACGGAUUCCUAUGCCCCACAAAUAACCCAGAGAUGCACUGUAAAUAAAAGCACACAUUCUACUCAUGUAAAAACACCAGGCAGGCCCCACAAAUAACCCAGAGAUGCAUUUUAAAUAAAAUGACACAUUCUACUCAUGUAAAAACACGCUGAUUCACGGACCGUCUGUGGGCCGGAUUGAGAAGGCAAUUGGGCCGCAUCUGGCCCAUGGGCCUUAGGUUGCCUACCGCUGCCCUAGAGCUUCCCCUUACUACUCCAUGCAACUGUUAAGCUCAUUUUUCACCUUUCCAACCUCAUUUCGAAAGCCCCGCUUUGCACCUGUUUUUCUUGUUCACCUCAUGCCCGUGCUUUCCUCCUUCCUUUUGUGCAACUGCCCUUGCGCAAAAACGAACCCCGUGGGCAGCCUCCUACAGCUUCCUUCUCCCACACAUUGAAACUACUAUGCACCCUUCCCACCUUCCACCCAAUUAUGAAACCACUGUUCCCUUCCGCUCGUAAUAAGCCACAAUUAAUUUUUAAACUUCAGCAAAGAACGUUGAAGGCCUUCUUUACAGCAAACCCUGAGGCUCGCUGAUAACGGAAGCUUGGAUAACAACACUGUCUUCCGUUAAUUGUAGGCUAAUAGAUGCCGUUUUCUGUGUCAGGGCAAGUGCUUCCUUGAGGCAAGAGAUCUAGAUUGUAUAAAACUUAAGUUAAGAACCAGUUAAUUGGGUGGGAGAGGGUGGGGGAAGGACAGAGGAAACUGUCUGGAAAAACCUUUCGUCACAGUUCUAUAUAAAAGUAGGGCAAAAGGAGGGUGAUGGAACCCAGAGAGAAGGGAACACGAACUACUUUGGAUAGGCACUGAAAUAAGCGUAACUGCACUGCCAUGAUCAGCAAUAGGCACAAUAUUCUGAUAUUUGUCUUGUUGCUGCUGAAGAGAGGAGGGAUUUCCCGGAGAGUGGCUUAUCUUUGUUUCAAACUUCAGGUGCUAUUAUAACCAAUCCUGGUCUGAUCAGGCCUACUGAAGGCUCUCUCUCUCUCUCUCUCUCUCUCUCUCUCAUCCUUCAGGCAUUUCUUCCAUGUGCAUAAUGAAUGGCCAAAGGGAGAUAGAGGAUUGCACCUGCUGGUCUUGGCCCUCCUUGACCUCCAGGUGUUCAAUGGAAGCAUGUGAAAGAUGUGUGUGAAAUAUGUACAAGUACAGCAGUGUGAAAAGCAUGUGCACCUGUGGAUGUGAAAUCUGGACAUGUGCAGUGUGUGAAACCUACCUGCACAGAUCCUGUCAUGCAAUCGCCAACCCUGCAGAUUAGAGGUUUCUGCUCAAUGCAUGGAGGGUGGGAGCGAAUAUAUCAGGAUAAGUUGUGUUCCUGUCUUUGUUUUCAAGGAAUGGGCUAACCUCACCUUCCAAAUUCAUAUUUGUCUACAGUUGCCAUUUUGAUUAUUGUUUUUUCCCCCUUGGCGAUUCUCAUAAAACCAUAACUCAUUUGCUCUGAUUAGUGUGAGAGAAGCAACGCAAAUGAAUAAAGAAACACAGUAAUGGACCAGUAAAAAGUCACUUACUGCUCUAUUUUUGCUAAAUAAUGUUGCAAUCAAAAGGCAUUGGGUCAAAAUUAAAAAUCGUUAGGAAAGAGAUGCCAUUCUCACAGGUUAAUGUUCCAUGCAGACUAUUGGUCCAUUUAUCUCAGUAGUAUAUGCACUGACUUGCAGGGGCUCUAUGGGGUUUUCAGACAGAGGUAUUCCCCUAGCUCUACCUGGGAUUAAACUUGGCUAGGUCUGCAUACAUCUAUGUGUUGAUUUAGUAAGAAGUGUCCAUUUAAGCCUUCUUUUAAGACAGCAGGGAGUAAUGGAAGUCAGCCCACAAAAAGAGAUAGGCCUAGGCAUACGUGUUCAGUUUUGCUAUGGUUGUUGCAUCUUGCUUUCGAGUAAAGCAGUGGUGAGCUACUUCUGCCUUGAUUCUCGGACACACCACUCUCCCCUCAGCCACAGUCAGAUGGUAUUCUGCCCAUCUUCUAAGAGCUAAGAGUGGGUGGUUUGCUGCAAACUGGUAAGAGUUCCCAACUCUCUUUAGUUCAAGAUUAGGAUGCAAAACUGAAAGGUCUAUCUAUCUGUCGGCUGUCUUUGUCUUAAGGCUGAUCUCUUAGCUUGAGUAUUCCUAACUUGUACAAUAUCCACAUUAACUGGGUGCCUUUGACUAGGUCUUUGUGAAACUGUAGCGGUCUCUUGGAAACCAUUUUUCAAAAAGUUAACUAUAGGCACAGAUGUGUAGAUACAGUGUGAUAUGAGGCUAUUAUUCAUGGGGUAUAAUAAGCAAUUGACUCCACUCCCCCAAACACACACACACACACACACACACGGACCUUGAUGUACUUGGAAAAAGCAAAGUAGAUCUCAUAAGCCUGAAAUCUGCCCAUCCAUGGUCUAAGAAGCCAAGAUCAAAGUCCUUAGCAAAUCCGCAGGCUGAAUCCUACCAAUACCACCACUAUCUUUUCCAUGCCACAAGACUUUUUGACGUAUUAUUGCUUGUUCUUAUAACUUGGUCUGCUCUAUCCAGUCCACAUGCAAAGCCAUCACUGAACCCAUGUGAGAAUUUCAUGAAUCAUUAAUCACAACUCCCUAUUCAUCAUCCUCUGGGCAAGCAUUCAUCAACUGGGAAAAACUACAGCCUUCCUUAAAAUUAAAGAUAAUGAAUGCCGUCUCCUCACAAGGUUAGCACUUUCCCAGCACUUUGAUAAAUACCAUUUUAAACUGGGUCUGGGGAAUCGGAACUGCAAUAUAUCAAAGUCAGGCAUAACCACAGGCAUCUCAAAUCUAGUUCACUCUUUGGUGUUUUCCAAGCCCUGCAACUGGAGAUUCUGUAGAAAGAACCUUCUGUAUUCAGUCAGCCUCAAAUACUUUCCAGUGCUUUGCUGCAAAUGGCAUCUAGCAAUUUGAUGAUGAGCCCUAAAUUAAACUGGAACACCCUUUGCUACUUAUUGAUUUAUUUAACAAUAAUUACACACUGUUUGAUUGUACGUGAAAUGUCUAAGUGGAUUACAAAAAAAAGUAAAACCACCAUUAAAGUUGUCAAUAAAAGACGAAGUUCCAAAAUUCGAAAACUCAAAACAGAGCUAAAACUAACAAUAACUAAAGCACACGUUGACAUCAACAUGUCAGGACAGACCUGCCUGAACAAAAACGUUUAGCAGGGAAGUUCCAAAGUAUAGAGGCUGAUUUCUUAUAAUUACAUAACAAAUAUUGUCUGGCAGCUGUUAUAGUUGCCAGUGUUUAUUUUCUUUUUAACUUCCUCCACUGAACAAUUUUUAAUCCCUGGAGGAUGACAACUCGGCCUAAUGGCUUUGUAUUUUGCUUUGUAUUUAUAGUAAUUUUGUUUUUAUUUGUUAUUCUUAGCCACGUUGAGCUUAUAAAGGAAAGUUGA